CGAAAUGGCGGUCUACACAAAUAAAUGAAUAAUCCCCAUCGUUUCUUGUCUUCUCCCUGUGGUCGGCUCCGCUCUCCAGCCAUGGCAGUAAACCCUAAGUCCCCUUUCGAUUUGACUCUUCUCACAAUUUCUUUGUUCUUCUUCACCAUAAUAACACCUUCUUUCUCUCUUUAUCUUCACGACGAUUCUAACCAAACGGUGUACGAAAUUCUCCCCAUAUUUGGCCUCCCAAGUGGCCUUUUACCGGAUUCCGUCGUCGAUUACUCCCUCUCUUCCGAUGGUAGUUUUGUAGUGCAUCUGAAGAAGCCUUGCUAUGUUGAGUUCGAUUACUUGGUGUACUACGACACCACCAUCACGGGCAAGCUCAGCUAUGGUUCCAUCACCGACCUAGAAGGCAUCCAAGUGCGCCGGUUUUUCUUGUGGCUCGAUGUCGACGAGAUCAGGGUCGAUUUGCCGCCGUCUGCGAGCAUCUAUUUCCAGGUCGGGUUCAUUAACAAGAAGCUCGAUAUUGAUCAGUUCAAGACUAUCCAUUCUUGCCGUGAUUCCGUCACGGGUUCUCGUCUUGGAUCCUUGAAACGGGUCUUCGAGGUUUUGCGUAUUGUGAUUUCGAAUUCCAUAUCAGUUCCAAAUUUUGAGUGGAAAUUUGCCAAAUUGCUGUAGAAAUAGGACAGAUGAAAUGAUGAAGUCGUCCAUGUAAUCCUUGAAAAGAAGUGAAUUGUAAUCUGUCAAGGCGCAUGUCCCAGUUUGGAAGAUAUUGAUUCUAUCUUUUGUACAUGUUUUUAAACCAAAUGACUAAACUCUUAAUAGUUGACAGUCUAGAAUUUUUUCCCACCUAUUCAUCUUGCCAUCAUUCAAUUAAUGAAUGAUCAGUCUUGUGAGAUUUAUGGUUUCCUCUGUGCAUAUUGAAACUUUUUGUCUGUCCUCUGAAUAAAGUUACCAUGAGAAUAUACAGGUAUGAAGAUACAUCCCA